GUCAUGACCAGGCGGAGGAGAGUUGAAACCGCGUUUUAUUAACAAUAAAAAAAUAAUAAUAUCUGAGGAUUAAACUUCACUGUAAGGAUGAGUCAUCGGAUUGAUGAUGUCAUGAAGCUGUGUUGUGAGUUAUCGGCCAACCAGCAGAUAAAGUCCACGGUGAAAGGUUCUGGGAAAGGAGCAGCAGCCGCUGGGGGUCUUGCCUUUGCUGGAGGCUUGAUUGGAGGUCCUCUUGGUAUUGCAGUUGGUGGAGCAGUGGGAGGCCUCCUUGGCUGCUGGCUGACCAGUGGACAGUUCAAACCUUUGCCUCAGAUCAUAAUGGAGCUCAGCCCUCAGCAACAGCAGAAACUUUACGAUGAUCUCGUGGUCAUCCUGGGAGACAUUCAGUGGACUGACCUGGCUCAGCUUACUGCUCUGGUGAUGGGCAAUGCCACAAUGAAGCAACAGCUCACAGCUGCUCUUAUUGGGUAUAUCAGCAAAGAGCUCCAGGCUGAGGUGCACUACGUGGAUUAAUCUCAGUUAAAAACUUUAACAACCUUGACUUGAGACUUUCAAUCAAUGAGAUGGUGCCUUGGAGAUGACUAUUUCUGUAUAACGGAAGAAAGUGCAAUCAUGCUUUACAAAAACAACAGUGCCAUCACAAUUCUUACAGGUGGCAGUGGUAAAAAAACAACAACAUUUUAGCACUUUAAAAGGGGAAAAAAUACAAAGUGUGUAUUUGUUAUUUAAGAAAGUGCACUUCUUAGUAGAAAAUUAUUUAUUAUGACAGUAAUAGCACUGAUACACAUUUAUAUAAGGACAACUAUGGACUUAAUGAGCUAUUUUUUAAUGUUUGCAUAUUGAUACAAACAUUUUACUGCAUUGUUGUGCGAGUUAAUUUACUGCAUAUUGGAUUAUUUCAGUAAAACAAUGUGGAUUUAAAUGUCUUUUUUUUCUUUUGGUGGGCUUUUGUGCAAAUCAUAAUGCACAAAUGUAUCAAUUUCUUUUAUUUUUAAACUGCUCAAGUUUAAUAUUUCACUCCAUGUGCAAAUUCCUCUUAGGUACUGAUUUUUAUAAUCUAAUAACUUUAAAGAUAGUGACUCAAAACUUUACUCCUUAGGAGCAGCACAAGUCACCAGGUAGGAUGAUGCUUUUCUUUCAUCACUGCUUUCUUAAGAGGACGUCUUGAGUUCCAAAACCUGUGGUUAAAGGCAGCCCGAGAAGUCAAGAAACAUAAGGUUUGUGUGGACAGGAGCUAGACAUGUAAACCAUAAGCAUGUUUAGAAAACAAAUCAAUAAAUGUGAAAAAAAUCUGA